CACCCACUAGUUUUACUAACACGGAAAAGAAACAUAAACCUCGCCACUCCCAAAACCCUCUUAACUAACUGAGCUUCUGUCUUGAACUGUCUACACAGGUAAGGAACAAUCACUUCAUUUCGCCACGAGCUCGUUCCCACGCUGCCCGGCUCGUCGCGAAAUGGCGAAACUCCGGACAGCGAUUGACUCGGCAUUUUGGGAUCUCAACGUCUCUACUGCUCGAACCCUAGAUGGUACAGCCAGGUCCAUUCCGGGCGAGCCCAUGCCAAUGAACGGUGGUAGAACAAAUCAAGCUCUCCGAGUACAACAGCUCUCUCUUAUCGGAAAUGGGUUCCCUCUAGGUCUCGUCCCUUCUUUCUCUCCUCCGUCUAGGAAAGAAUUGGGCUCUUUUGCUCUCCAGUCUCUCUUUCUCAGAGCUGCCAUUUCAAAUUGGUGGGUUGGAUUAGUGGGACAAGUUCGUCCAAAGAAGCUGAUAUCUAAACUCAAAGAAGAAAUAAAUGCCAUCAGAGAAGAAAUAGGUCCGAAAAUCGAGUGGGUGGAUUUGGAACUGUCAACAUUCAAAGGUCUGCCUAAGUGUUUUAUUGACAAAUCAUUUUAUUGGCUUGGUGCAUGCUCACACCUUUCUCUGACGGAUUCGUCUUCCGUAUUAUUAAACAUGGAGAAGCCGGGUGAGAGGGAGGGGCAACGCUUGAAGGCAAUGUUCAUGCAUAAGCUUUCAGACCAUGACAUUACAUUGGAAACUGCUUGGCCUGAGCGAUUCAUAGAUCACAAAGGAAGAUACUGGGAUGUUCCAGAGUCUAUAUCUCUUGACUGCUCAUCACACGUUUCAUCAUCCGGAUUGCGAUAUCGGUUUGGUAUACAUAAAAACAGCGGCCAACCCAUUGCAGUUGAUAACACUAAUGAUGCACCCCAUCCUGCUCUGAUGCCAGGAGUAUGUGCAAAAGCUGCUUUUUCUUAUGAGAAGCAAAAAGAAAUUUGGAGGGAAAAAGAAGAACAGAAAGAUCGCUUCAUAAUGAGAAAUGAGCAGUUGUAUUUCAGGCCUGCUUAUGAUUUUCAUCUUAAGGAGCCCCAUGCAACAAUAUCUGGAAUCAUUGGUGGAACUUGUGCUGCAUGGGUUGGUGGUGGAAAUAACACUUAUCUAGGCUCUUCUAGGAGCAGUUUCAGUGCUGACUUGUUUGCCUCAGCUGGCUAUACUUUCCAGCAUGGAAAAUUCAGAAAUUUAUUUAAUGAUCUCACCAGAGUAGAUGCUCGUUUAGACAUACGUUCUGCAGCAGCAUUGGCCAAACAGGUUUCUAAACUUUUCACGGGUGCUACCAGUGACAGUGCAAAAGAUGGACUGUAUUCCCCCAGGCUGAACUUGAUCUUACAACAGCAGGUGAUUGGACCAGUUGUGUUCCGCAUUGACUCGAGGUAUUGUAUUUCAUCAUCUGGGAUACCUUUGCCAAGAUUAGAAGAUUAUGUUCUUAGCUUGGACUACUCCCUUAGAGUACUGCAUUCUGGGAAAGUGGUGGCAUGGUAUUCUCCCAGGAGAAAUGAGGCUAUGCUCGAAUUGCGUGUGUUUGAGUUCUAAAAUCCACUUCCUGUUAUUAUUAGCUACAACCAGCCCCUCCUAUUUUUAUGCAAACAAUAGACUGACAGACUUCUUUUAAUCGCAAUGAAUAUGCUCACAUAUUUUUGUUUUCUUUACCACAUAUAAGUGGGUUUUGGACUUUGGUCGAUGGUCUUGACAAUGAGAUAUACAAACCUUUUGGAUAUAUUAUAUAUAAAUGAGGAAUUCUAUUCACACUCCCAAAAUUACUAAUCACAGCCACAUAAUUACAAUUAAAUAAAUUUUUCUUUUUUAAUAUAGUACCCCCGGUCCCCCAUACGUUCAAGAAGGAGCCUCCACUUGUUCUGACUGAAAGCUAUCUGAUCUGGCAACAGACGGCCAUUUCUUCUUCUAUGAUGAGUAGAUCGAAUUGAGGGUCACACUUGACUUUGCUUCUUUACUGGAGAAUCUCGAAUCCAGAGUUUUGCUGGAAAAUUGAGCAAACAUCACUUGCAUACUCGAGAGCAUGAAGUGCGGAGGAGCCAGCGAAAGAGCACGAGAUGCCAAAAGAGGAAAUAAGGAACUUUUCGUCACUAGCGGGCGUAGAAGAGAUACGGCGUAGGUGAUCGAAAUCCAUGCUCCGGUUUAUAUGGAAAUUGCUACAGAUGCGCAAGAACCAUACUCACUGAUUCUCAUCAUCCAAGAGUCUCCUCAUGUAUUCAAUGAUCCGUCGCUGCCUGAACAUCAGAACAUGUGGCUGUCUGGUAUUCGAAGUAGUUCUGCCAGAGAUUGAAAUGUCUGUAACAGUCUGUUCCGCCAAGGCGCCAACCUUCAAAUGCACCCUUUGAAACUUGAAAGUGAAGAAGAUGAGUCAGGGGAUUAGGGAGAAUACAAGUCCACGGUGAUGGGUCAAAAU